GGAGCUGCCGAAGACGUGCGUUUCAAAACCUCUCAGGAUCAUUUUCCCAAUUUUUUUUGUGUUUUUUUCCCCGCAAUUUCGAGGGAAAAUUCACCGUCUCUCCAUCGGCGUUGAGGAAAUUAUCAAUUUGGAGUAAAAUCCAGGGAAAAUGGAUCGAGGAGGAGGACGAGGUGGUCGUGGAGGUGGUCGAGGUGCGUUGAUAGAGGCCUUGAAGAAGAAGGCACUGGCCCAAGGAUUAGCUGGAGAGUCUCCAGAGGCAUUGCCACCCCCAGUGGUUGAGUCAGCACCAGCACCAAUGGUUCAAUCCCCAGCUCCUGUGCCUCGACCCUCACUGCCAACACGAUCAAUCCCACCAGCAGGUCUUUCCCCAGCUCUUGUUCCUCCACAAAUUCCCACAAGAUCAAUUCUCCCAGUUGCACAGGCUCCACAGCUUCCAACGAGAUCAAUUCCCUCGAUGUCCCAGCCCCCCAGAUUCCCCACACGAUCAGUCCCUUCACUCCCUCCAAGAAAUGAACCUCCGGCUGCCCCUGUGGAUUUGCCUCCAAGCUCACCAUUCACUGCCAGUGAAACUGCAUCGCCUAGCAAGGCUCGAGGGAGGGCUAAUCUACUGGAGACGACUCUCAGACAAACAUCUAGUGCUGCUACAGCUCAAAUACCUGCUGGACCAACAGCGCCACCACGAGUUGGCAUGGGUCGAGCCUCUCUCAUCAGUAAACUCACCGCCCAGCCGACAUUAUCCCCGCUCCCAGCAGAGCCCCUGCCACCGCAGUUGGAGCCACCAAAGGCACCAGCAACAGCAGCAGCAGCACCUCCUGCCCCAAGCAUGUCUGGAGACAACCAAGGUGUCACUGGUAGUUUGGCAGGUAUGACCCUUGGCGAACACUCUGGAGGAUCUGGAAGUGAUCUCAGUGUCCCCAUCUCCAGAAUGGGAACCAGUGGAGAUCCUGUGGACAUCAUGUCGAAUUACCUGGGCCUCACAAACAAUCCUAACAAGGGAAUCUUCAGAUACGAAACUAGAUUCGAACCUGAGACAGACUCACCACGUGUUAGGAAUGCUCUCCUCAAUCAGCAUCUGCAGUUGCUGGGAAAAUGCAAAAUAUUCGAUGGAGUUCUGCUUUACGUGCCCAACAGAUUAACUGAAGAGCAAACGACGUUGAAAUCGAUUCGCCAUGACGACGUGCCUGUAACAAUCACCCUGAUCUUUCAAAAGCAGCAGAAGCCCUCGGAAUCAGUCCAGUUCUUCAACAUUCUACUGGGUAAAGUGAUGAACUGCCUCAAGAUGGUGCGGAUAAAUCGCAACAAUUUCAAUCCCCGUUGUGCCCAUAAAGUGGAGCAGCACAAGAUGGAGCUCUGGCCAGGCUACGUCACAGCCAUUGAGGAGGUCGAGGGUGGCCUCAAGCUCAACAUCGACGCCUCUCACAGGGUAAUGAGAACCGACACAGUUCGGGACUACAUGGGAGAACUCCUCAGGCAGACUCGAGACAGGGGAAAUUUCAGGGAUGCGGUGACAGCCGAACUCCUGGGGAUGACAGUUCUCACUCGAUACAACAACAAGACCUACAGAAUUGACGACAUCCACUGGGACAAGAGUCCAAGCUUCACGUUUGACUGCAAGGGGAAAGACAUAUCUCUAGCCCAGUACUACAAGGCCCAUUGGAACAUGGAGAUUGUGGACAUGAAGCAGCCCCUGAUCUAUCACAAGGCCAAGAAGAAACUCCCUCAGGGGGGAACCCAGGAGGACGAGGUCCUGCUGAUCCCUGAGCUUUGCUAUCUCACUGGUCUAACUGACAAAAUACGAAACAACUUCAGGAUCAUGAGGGACUUGGCAGCAAUUACUCAGGUUGUACCUGAGCAACGUCGUCAGGUGAUCAGAAAGUUCAUUCAAGACGUGAAAAAUACACCCAUUGCCAAUGAAUUACUCCAGUACUGGGGGCUGCAGAUUGAAGAUGAUCUGACAAGAUUGAAGGGAAGAGUAUUGCCAGCUGAAAUUAUUCAUUUUGGUAAUGGAGCGACAUUCAAGGUAAACGAGAAGGCAGACUGGGGUAGACCAGCCACCACCAAUCCCCUCCUGAGGUGUGAUGGAAUGAAGAACUGGUUCAUCUGCUUCACUGAGAGGGACCAGAAAAUUGCUGAUGAAUUUAUCAAGAUGUUGAAGAGAGUUGGGGGAACGAUGAGGAUGGACAUUGGAAAUCCUCAGAAGGUUGCACUGAGGAAUGACAGCACUCAGAAUUAUGUCCAAGAGAUCAGGAAGGCCAUUAGUUCUGAUGUGGAUAUGAUUGUUGCUAUUGUACCGACAGUCAGGCUUGACAGGUAUUCUGCUAUCAAGAAGGUCUGCUGUAUCGAGUGUCCCGUCAGGUCACAGGUCAUCGUCACAAAGACAAUCUCCGACGAGAGGAAAAUAAAAGCAGUUGCUGAAAAAAUCGCCAUUCAGAUGAACUGCAAGCUGGGUGGUGCCCCCUGGGCCCUCGUCAUGCCCUUCGAGAACGUCAUGGUGGUGGGAGUGGACGUUUAUCAUGCCCCAGCUGGUCAACCCAAGACUGGAAGUGUCACUGGGUUGGUGGCAAGUCUCGACAAGGCCAUGACCACUUGGCACUCCAGCACUGGUAUUCAGGGCCCUCAACAGGAGAUCAUCGACAUUCUCAAGACCUGCAUUGUCUCCGCUCUGAAUGCCUACAACAGGCGACGUGGCACCUACCCAGACAGAAUUAUCGUUUAUCGUGAUGGCGUUGGAGACGGACAGCUCAAUUUCAUUGCUGAGUACGAGAUUGGACAGCUCAAGGAUGCAUUUAAAUCGGUCGAUCCUUCUUAUUCACCGAAGCUGACUGUCAUUAUUGUGCAGAAGAGGAUCAACACGAGGGUCAUGACUUUGAAAGGGAAUAACCUGCAGAACCCGGUGCCAGGAACGAUUGUCGACUCAGUGGUGACUCGAAGAAACUGGUAUGACUUCUUUCUGGUACCUCAGACUGCCAAACAGGGUACAGUCACCCCAACUCACUACGUCGUUCUUCUCGACGAGGCAGGCUUCAAGACUGAUCAUCUCCAGAGGCUCUCCUACAAACUCUGCCACCUUUACUACAAUUGGCCAGGUACCAUCAGGGUACCUGCGCCCUGUCAGUAUGCCCACAAGCUGGCUUAUCUCGUGGGCCAGAAUCUCCAGGCACGACCCAAUGAUAGUCUAGCCGAGUGCCUAUAUUAUCUUUAAAAAAUCUCAAAGCUUUAAAAAAAUGGUGAAAAAUUCAGAGAAAAUGCAUUGAUGAUGUCGAGAUCAUCCAGGAGAUGAUGAUGACGGUAUAAAAUACCAUCCGAUAAUUUUUCCAUUUGCGAAAAAAUUUAAAAGGCAAAAAGCCGAUUUUCUGGAAAACAGAAAAAAAUGAAAUUGCUUCUGAAAAAAAAAACUAAGAAAAUGUGUAAUUUUCUAAAAUCGUCUAGAAGAUUAUGAUUAUGACAGAGAGUAUGUGCGAGAAUUUUUUCGCUUGAGAAAAAAAUACUGAGAGGAAUAAUGACGGGAAAAUAUUGGUUAAGAAUAUGACUUUUUUAUUUUUUUAUUAUCUAAGACGUGAAAAUGUAUUAAGACCCUGGGGUCUCACCGAGUUCCAAAGUCCCAUGACAAAGAUUAGUCCUUAAUUUUUUUUUAUUUUUUUAAUUUUUUUUUCAUUUUUUAUUUCGAAGAAAUUCGAAACUUUGAUUUUUUCCUGUGAGAAAUUGAGGAGUGAGGUGAGCUGAUAAAUAUAAUGUUCAUUAUGAAGAUAUCUCGGCAGCUAUUGUGUUUAGGGGAAUAUGAGUAAGACAUUUUUUGUGGGGAAUUUUAUAAGCUGCAAGAAAUGUCUUGUGACUUUUUUCGAUGAACCCAAUGGUUUCAGAGAUAUUCACGAAUUAACGCGAACAGUUUUUUUUGCUCAUCCCAUUUUUUCAAUUUUUUCGUUGAAAUUAUUUAUUAAGGCUUGGAAUAUUCGUCUAGGGUCAAUUAAUUUAGGUUGAGCGAUUCAUUGAUAACAUUGUUCUAUCAAACAUUCCGUAUUUCAUUUAUUUGAUAAUUAAUUGAAAAUUAAAAUCAAAAUUCGUUGAUAACUGAAGUGUUUUUUUCUCAUAAAAUGGAAAAAAAUCAGAAAAAUUCAUUUCAAAUGAAUAGUUAGUGACAAUUACUCCAUUUAAUUGCCCUUAAUUAAUUCCAAUAUUAAUUUUUUUUUCAUUUUUUUUCUUUUGAUUUUUAAUUUUUCAUUUCAUUUUUACGAUUUGAAUCGUAGGAAAAUAGAGUAAGGAAUAGUUGUGAUGGGGACAACAGGGUCACAAUAACGACGAGUAUUCAACGAUUGUGAUUCAAGUGCCUUUGAAACUUGAAGUAUAAACAAAAAUAUUGAAAAUGUUCAGAGUUUAAUCACUUGAGAGUAUUAAGAGAUAAAGUACAAUAAAUAUUAGAGUACUUAUUUUUUAUAACAAUGUUUGUCAGUUGAAUGAGGAAUGGAUGAACUUUGAGUUGAGUUUGCAUUAUUUUUUAUUAAAAAAAUUAGUGACUGAAGUGGUGAAGUGGUGGGACGUGAUUUAGGUUAAUUGGCAUCUGUUAAGAGGGAAGAAAGUGUCAAUGAAUUUUCUUCCCGCAAAAAUAUUAUUGGAAGGAUAAUUGAAUAAACAGCAAGACAUUGGAAAUCGACUUUUACGUUUCGCCACUUCCCUGACGAAUCAACGAGUUGAAAAAAAAUGAACUAAAAAUUUAUCGACAGUUGCUCACGUAUAGGAUAUAAAUAUUUUGCACUAAAGUUUAUCGAAUUUUUCUGUUGCUUGACCCACGCAUAUAUAUUUUCCUCUUCAACUCCAUAACUUAAUUUUAUUGUAACGUUGUUAUGAUAUGGAAAAAAGUGUGGUUGAAUGCGAAAAAUGUAUGAUUAGAAUUUUUGAAAUAAAAGUUUGA